CGUGAUUUAAAAUGACAGUUGACAACUGUCACAAGCGAGUUUGUUCAAUAAUUUGUUUUAGUUUACUUAAAACAUAAAAUAAUAUAAUUAAAAAUGACCAAGUCAUCAGGAGUAUUCCUCGACGUUGACCCCACUAUAGUCGAAAACAAUUUACGAUUUGCGACCAACCCAAACGAAGAAGAAUUUAAUAAAAUAUUUAACCCACAAGGGGAACAGUUCCCGUCCAAAUUAGUAAAACCGUUUCCCGGAUUCUGUAUCAAAACACACGAAAUAGGUUCCGAUACGAAAUUCUUCGUCAACAUCUGCCACACCGAGGCAAUUCCUCCGCCGAAAGACAUUUCAGAAAAUGAGCUAAAGAAUAUCCUAAACUCUGACGAAGCACCCAACUUUCGGGUGCCCAUGAGUAUCGGAGAAAUACGCAGUGAUAAAGAUAAGAAAGGAGAAGAAGCAAAAGCUUGUGACGUCGCAAUACAUCCUAUUUUUCUCAAAAAAAUCGAACAAAGUCAGUUAUUUAAAAGUUUUUUUGUUACUAUUGUUUUCGAGGGCUUGAAAGACAAAUAUGGGAUUAUAUGCAAAGAUGAAAAAAUCAUUUUACUUAACAGAAAAGCGUUCGGUAAUUUACAAAUGCAUAGAAUACAACAGCGCGAAAUUGAUGAAAAAAUGAAAAAUGCGAAAUCGUUUGUUGAGGAGCUGAGAGGUAACAACGAUGCUCAGAGAGGAAAACCUUUGAUUGAAACGAUUUCGAAUAAUGAGGUAAAGUGUCGAGAGCCUGAAUAUAGAUUGUUUAGGAGGAAAGCGAAGCCCAAUUGUUUGAUUGGAGAAUUUAAAUUUCCAGAUAUUAUUUCAGCCAAAGAACUUACUCUCGAUAUUGGUGAAGAUCGAAUUGUUAUAGAAUCAACUUCAAAGCACUAUUUACUUGAUAUAUUUGUACCAUUAGUGAUUAGGCAAGCCUCUUGUACUUCAACGUUCAAUAAGGCAACAAAGGUUUUAACAGUAACAAUGCCCCUCGUGGGAGGUUAAUUAUUGCAUAAUGGAAUUGGAAUUGUUAAAUAUUUUUACAAUAAAUUUAAUUACAAUAAAAAUUGAUUAUGAAAUUUA